AUGGGCGCUUCUUCUCGACGACCAAGAAGGGCGAGACGCAGGAGCUGCGCACCGAGCUCCAGUCGGCGCGUUUGCGGCGUCGAAAAUCGUCGCACCGUCGCGCGUGGGACCGCGCGCGCCCGCCGUCGCGCCUGCGUGCCACAAGCCGGUCGCCGUCCGUUAAAAAGUGACACAGCCGCGCGCGCGCGCGCGCCGCCGGUCCGCAUCUCGAUACGAACGCAGGCGUCGCGGGACAAGAAGAUCGACGCCGUGAAGAAGGUCAUCGCGAACAUGACCGUGGGCAAGGACGUGUCCAUGCUCUUCACGGACGUGCUGAACUGCAUCCAGACGGGCAACAUCGAGCUCAAGAAGCUCGUCUACCUCUACCUCAUCAACUACGCGCGGACGCACCCCGACAUGGCGCUCCUCGCGGUCAACACCUUCGUCAAGGACGCCGCGGACCCGAACCCGCUCGUGCGCGCCCUGGCGAUCCGCACCAUGGGCUGCAUCCGCGUCGAGCGCAUCACGGAGUAUUUGUGCGAGCCCUUGGCGGCGUGCGUCAAGGACGGCGACCCCUACGUGCGCAAGACGGCGGCGCUCUGCGUGGCGAAGCUCUACGACAUCCAGCCCGAGUUGGUCGUCGACCGGGGCUUCGUCGACGCCCUGCGGGACCUCGUCGCGGACCCGAACCCGACGGUCGUCGCGAACGCCGUCGCCGCGCUGACGGAGAUCUCCGAGGCGUCGAACGACGACGACGUCAUGAAGAUGUCGACGUCCGUGCUCCAGAAGCUGCUGGCGGCGCUGAACGAGUGCACGGAGUGGGGCCAGGUGUCCAUCCUGGACGCGCUGGCCAAGUACGUGCCCGCGGAGGCCAAGGACGCGGAGAACAUCGUCGAGCGCGUGCUCCCGCGGCUGCAGCACGCGAACAGCGCCGUCGUCAUGAGCGCCGUCAAGGUCAUCCUCCAGUACAUGUACGCGGCCAUGGACGUCGAGUCCGAGCUCUGCGCGGGCUACCGGAAGAAGCUCGCGCCGCCGCUCGUGACGCUCGUCAACGGCGAGCCCGAGAUGUGCUACGUCGCGCUGCGCAACAUCAACCUGAUCGUCCAGCGGGACCGGCGCAUCCUCGAGAACGAGAUCAAGGUCUUCUUCUGCAAGUACAACGACCCCAUCUACGUCAAACUGGAGAAGCUCGAGAUCAUGAUUCGUUUGGUGUCGGAGAAGAACGUGGACCAGGUGCUGCUGGAGUUCAAGGAGUACGCCCAGGAGGUCGACAUCGACUUCGUGCGCCGCGCCGUGCGCGCCAUCGGCCGCUGCGCCGUCAAGCUCGACAAGGCCGCGCAGCGCUGCGUGAACGUGCUCCUCGAGCUGAUCCAGACGAAGGUGAACUACGUCGUCAUGGAGGCCGUCGUCGUCGUCAAGGACAUCUUCCGCAAGUACCCGAACCGCUACGAGAGCGUCAUCGGCACGCUCUGCGAGAAUUUGGAGUCGCUGGACGAGCCGGACGCGAAGGCGUCGAUGAUCUGGAUCAUCGGCGAGUACGCGGACCAGAUCGAGAACGCGGACGAGCUGCUGGAGACGUUCCUCGAGUCCUUCGCCGAGGAGGAGCACGCCGUGCAGCUCCAGCUGCUGACGGCGACGGUGAAGCUCUUCCUGAAGCAGCCCAACGAGGGCAAGGCGCAGGAGAUGGUCCAGUCGACCCUGGACAAGGCGACGACGACGUCCGACAACCCGGACCUGCGGGACCGGGGCUUCAUCUACUGGCGCCUCCUGAGCACGAACCCGGACUGCGCCAAGGCCGUCGUGCUGGGCGAGAAGCCGGCGAUCCAGGACGACACGGACGCGCUCGACGACGACACGUUGGAAGAUUUGCUCUCGAAGCUCGCGACGCUCGCGUCCGUGUACCACAAGCCCCCGGCGGCCUUCGUGCUGGACGGCGACGCUGCCAAGGACGCGGCGGAGGGCGAGGAGGAGGAGGCCUACGACGACUUCGACGACGCGGACGGCGGCGGCGGCGGCGGCGACGAGCCGCCGCCCGCGGGCGACGACGACCUCUCCGGCGGCAUCCUCGGCGGCGGCGGCGCCGGCCGCGCCCGCGGCGCCGGCUUUGGGCGGCGGCGACCUCCUCGGCGGCGGCGGCGUCCUCGACGCGUUCGCGGCGCCGCCGGCGGCGCCGACGCCGCCCGCGGCGCCCGUGGCGCGGCCCAAGGUGCUGCUCGUCCAGCCGGGCCCGGCGAGCGGCGGCGUCGGCCUCAAGGCGUCCGUCGGCC